AAAGUGAAACGGCCAAACGAAGAGACGAGACGUAUCGUGUGUGCUCAGACUUGUGCUCUCAGAAUUUAUUUUUGGUCAUCUACAUUCACCUCUGAGAGUAUAUAACAAAAACAUUCAAAUCAAGAGCGGAUCAAGCCAAUAACUAAGAAGUACGUUUAAUCAAAAAGUGUGUUAAAUCGUUAAAGAAAUCAUAAAAGCAAAAACCACAAAACAGCAGAGAGCAUCGCAAAGUUAACAGCGAAUCCAGCGGCAGAAGCAGAGCAGCGGAGCGCAAGUGCAAGCGAAACGGCAGCAGAGCUCCGCUGCAAGGCAACGGGAAAGAUAGAGACAGCACAGCAACAGAGAGUGGGAGAAAGAGAGAGAGCAGCAACAGCCACAAAGCCGCAAAAGAGAGCAAACGCGCAAGGGGGAGAGAACGAGACGGGACAAAAAAGGCUCUCCGCUCGAGAAUUCUAGCAUCUUCAGCCAAGAAAAUAAAAUAACCAUUCAAAUAAUUAAGGACUUUUAAGAGACUGCUACAAAGGAACAACAUAACUAACAAACACGCAAAUACUAAACAAGGAGAAAAGAACGGAAGACUAGAAAUAAUCAUAAUACAUAAUAGUUAGCGUAAGGGAACACACAAAAACACUGCAAACACUAAUAUUCUAAUUCAAAUUCACACAGAAAGAAGUAUUUUUGGCCUUAAGAGCAAACAAACAAACACCCACACAAACACAAAACAAAUCGAAGAAUUUGUAAAAGAACACCAAACAAAAAUCACUUUUAGCCUUAUAUACAACAACAAAACAAGUUAAUAUCAAGUUACAUGGUUAAAAUCAGAGAAGACGAAGCGAGGAUCCCAACGAUGGGGAGUUUCAGCAGCAAUACAAAAAACGUUCAGAAGGCUCUUCUCUUAAAAGAAGUAAAUCAAGAACCUUCUCUAGAAAAGGAAGCUGGAGCGGAGGCUCAAGAAAACGUCGCAGAACCAACUCCUGGAAAACAAGACCCUGGAGGAUCUGGCACAGAACCGGAUAAAGAGAAUCAAUCCCCAAAUCCUAAACGUUCAGCAUCUAAGGAUUUUGAAAGUAAAAUAAAAUAUUCAGAACCCGAAAAAGAGCAAGGAAAAGGAUACUAUGUUUUGCACCCUAAUCAGCAUGACAAUAUACGCCAGAAAUCGUUAUUAAAAAGUGACCAAGAGAGCGGAUCAGCAGCUAAACAAUCAACAUCCGAAGAUUCAGACCGUGGAUCUUCAAGCUCAGACUCCGAAGGAAAAGAAGGAAACGGAAACAAGACCGUUUCGCGCUCUAAUCAGCAAGACGGUAAUAUACGCCAAGGAUUGUCAUUGAAAAGAACUCGAGUAAAGGGUUCUUUAGCUAACCAAUCCUCAUCUGAAGAUUCGAACCGCAAAUCAUCAUAUUCACAGUCCGAAGAAGAAGGAGGCUAUAAUAUACGCCAAGGAUCGUUGAAAAAAAAACGAGCUAGGCGAUCUGCACUAUCCUCAUCUGAAGAUUCAAACCGCGAAUCAUCUAAAUCAGAGUCGGAAGAAGAAGGAGGUAACGAAAACUGCAACGCUGGAACUGUAGCUGAACCAUCGUCUUCAGAUUUAGAAAAGGGAGAGCAAGACGAUAAUAUACGCCCAGAAGAUUCAGACUGUAAAGCACCAAGCUCAGAUUCCGAAAAAGAAGCAGAAAACGGCAACAUUACCGUUUCGCGUCCUAAUCAACAAGACGAAAAUAUACGCCAAGGAUCGUUAUUGAAAAGAAAACGAGUAGCUAACGAAUCCCCAUCUAAAGAUUCGAACCGCGAAACUUCAAAUUCAGAGUCCAAAGAAGGAGAUACUAUCCGCUUAGGACCGUUCUUGAAAAGAAAACGAGUACGGAAAUCAGUACCUAAACAAUCCUUAUCUAAAGAUUCGAACCGCGAAUCAUCCAAUUCAGAGUCCGAAGAAGAAGGAGGUAACGAAAACCGGACCUCAUCGGAGAAUUCUCCAGCAAGCGGUUCUGUAGCUCAACGAUCAACACUCGUAGUUUCAGGGCGCGGAUUAACUUCUUCAGAGUCGGAAGAGGGCGAAACUCGAAAUUUGUAUGUUUUACGUCGUUAUUACCAAGACGAACAAUCAACAUUCGAAGAUUUGGGAAGUUAUCCAGGAUCCGACGAAGAACUAAGUAACGAAGACUGGACCGCUUCGAAUCAAGAAAGUUAUUAUAUACGCCGAGUAGCUCAACUACCAACAUUCGUAGAUUCAGACCGUGAGUUAUCUUCUUCAGGGACUGAAGAAGAAGAGAUUCAGAAUUUGAACGUUUCGCAGAGCAAUCAGGAAGACGAGGUAAAAGAAUCUGUAGCUGAAAAAACAUCAUCCGAAGAUUCAGACGUUGAAAGCCUUUAUCCAGGUUCUGAAGAAGAGGACGAUUCGAUCCGAGUAAGAGGAUCUUUGGCUGAAAAUUCCGACAUUGAAUCUCUUGCUUCAGACACCGAAGAAGAGGACGAUACCACACUCCAAAGAACCAUAUUGCAACGUGACGGAACAAAGGAAUCUGAAACUGAAUGUAAAGAUUCCACUAGUGAAGACGAGCAGCAGCUACAAGAUUCAUCUUCUUUGGGACCAAACGCGAGUGAUUUAGACCCCUUAGACAUCCAUCAGUUACAAGACUUACUCAAUUCAAGCUUUGACGAGUCAGCAGAGGUGACAUCUGAUCAGGAAGACGAUAAUAAAUCCAAAGAAGAGGUAUCGGAAACCGAUCAAGAAGAUACAGAGAGUGAAGGGGACCGUCGCCGAGAUACGGAUAUUAGUUCUGAUUCUGCUCCAGAGGAUUUCCGUGAAUAUUUUAAUUUCGAGGAACCGCACGAGGAGGAACGUGAAUAUCCUGAAGGCGGAGAAGGCUACGAAGGCCAAGGAUCAGCUUCCGACGAGGACGGUCAAGAACAAGGUUUAUCUUCACCGGGAAAAAACUCGAAUGAUUCAUACGGCUCAGACAACCAGCAGUUACAACCUUUAGUCAAUUCAAACUCCGGACCUAACUUUGACGAAUCGGACUCCGAAGAAGAGGAAGAGAUCGCUGGGCAUAGAAAAGUUUCGACGCCUGAUCAGGAAGACGAUACUAAAUCAGAAGAAGCCUCGGUAAAAGCUCAGGAAUCGGAAACCGAACAAGAAGAUACAGAGAGUGAAGAUUCGGAGGAAGAACAGUGUGAUACUUCAGGGGACCGUCGCCAAGAUACGGAUACUAAUUCUGAUUCUGAUCCAGAGAAUUUCCGUGAAGAUUUUAAUUGUGAGGAAUCGCAUGAAAACGGAGAAGGCUACGAAAGCCAAGAACCAGAUUCCGACGAGAACGGUCAAGAACAAGAUUCAUCUUCAUCUGGACCAAACUCGAAUAAUUCAGACCGCUUAGACGAUAAUAAAUCCAAAGUAGAGGUAUCGGAGAGCGAAGAAGAAGAUACAGAGAGCGAAGAUUCGGAGGAAGAACAGGGUGAUACUUCAGGGAACAGCCGCCGAGAUACGGAUACUAAUUCUGAUUCUGAUUCUGAUCCAGGGGAUAACCGUCAAUCUUUUAAUUCUGAGAAAUCACGCGAGAAGGAACAUCAAUAUCCUAAGGGCGGAAAAGGCUACAAAAGCCAAGGACAAACUUUCGGCGAGAACGGCAAAGCUGGAAAUCGUGCGUCAUACGAAAGGGUCUGUUCUUUUACAACUCCACCAAAGUUAAAUCAAGCUUUACUCGAAGAUCACUCCCGUGUUAAAAUUGAAGACAUCGACCGAAAUUUGGACUCAUUUAUCCAGAUCAAAAGAAAACGAAAUCCGAACUGGGAGAAGGAAACUAUAAUUAAGACCAGGAGGGUGGAUAAAAUAUUCAGGGAACUGCUGAAGGUAACGACUGUAGAAGGCGACACUCUUUCCGAUUUCAGCGCUUACGGAUCGGAAAAAAGCCUUGAGCAGGUUACUUAUUCUUUAGAGAAGGCCAAUAAAAUAUUUCAGCUUCUGAAGCGUGAGCAAAUCCAGGUGACUAACUGGAUUGAAAGGGAGCUAAACGACUUGGAAUUCGAUAUCAAGUUGUGGCUGCAGCGCCAAGAAAUUCAGAUCAAGUUAACGCAGCAGGAGUACCCCAAUACGCUGCUGCAGCGCCAGUGCGGGCUGAUGCAAAACGAAAUGGUCAGCAUACCGGUGGCCAACUUGAACGGCGGCCUUAAGGCGGCCAGCAGCGGAUCCGGAGUGGGUGUGGUGGCAGCCGGCGGCGUCGUCUCCUCGGCGGUGCUGGCCAAUGCCCCCCGUGUUUACCUAACGCCCUCCUCCACCUUCAUGGCCAAUCGUCAGGCGUCGGCGGGCGUGGCGUCCACCGGAAAGAUCAGCGGAUCAAUAGUCGGCGGUUCAUCUGGCACCUCAGCCGCCACCGGUACCGUUCGCUACUUCUCGCAAUUCAGCAAAGUGCAAACGGCCGGCGGACCCAGUCUGCAGAGGAAGCUGGCCAACGGUGACACCAUUGUCCUGGCCAACGGCAACAAGAGCCUGUUCUUUACCAGCAGUGACAAGGGCGCUGUGUCUAGCAUCGCCACCAAUGGUAAUUGCUCCCUCCAGGCCAAAACGGAGCUGUUGGAGGAAGAGGACAUGCAGCCGGGAACUGUGAUCGAGGAGGAGGAGGACGAGGAGGAUAGCAGCCUCACUGCCAAACCCUUGGGAGGCAGCAGUGGGCCACAGGAUCAGCCUCUUGCCCUAACCACCGCUGCCAACGAAGGCAACGCCUCGGAAGAUGAGCCCGAGCUGGACAUUGUGAUCAACAAUGUGGUCUGCUCGUUUAGCGUGGGCUGUCACCUGAAGCUGCGUGAAAUUGCCCUCCAGGGCUCGAAUGUGGAGUAUCGUCGCGAGAACGGAAUGGUGACAAUGAAGCUGCGUCAUCCGUAUACCACGGCUUCGAUUUGGUCAUCGGGAAGGAUCACCUGCACUGGUGCCACCUCCGAGGCAAUGGCCAAAGUUGCGGCCCGUCGCUAUGCUAGGUGCCUGGGGAAGCUUGGGUUUCCCACUCGUUUCCUAAAUUUCCGCAUCGUCAAUGUGCUGGGCACCUGCAGCAUGCCGUGGGCCAUCAAGAUUGUCAACUUCUCGGAGCGUCAUCGCGAGAAUGCCAGCUACGAACCGGAGUUGCAUCCCGGUGUGACCUACAAGAUGCGCGAUCCCGAUCCAAAGGCCACCCUCAAGAUCUUCUCCACCGGCAGCGUAACCGUCACGGCGGCCAGCGUGAGCCAUGUGGAAUCGGCAAUCCAGCAUAUUUACCCACUGGUCUUCGAGUUCCGCAAGCAGCGUUCGCCGGAGGAGCUGCAGCACCUGCGCCAAAAGCAACGCCAGCAGUCCGGCGUCGAUCCCAACGAACUGGAGAGUCAGGUCGUCUCCCAGAACAAGGUGGCGGCCCAGGAUAAUAUCUUUGUUAACACAACGGCGGCGCACACAAAGCCACCGGGUGAUAACACACCAGCCACCUCGGGCAUCAUGUCCAGCACUAUUGAUAGCAUGCAGCGCCUGAAGCAGAUGGAGAGCUACAAUCAGAUGGCGCAGCGUACGACCGAGGAGCGCCGUCACAUACCUUUCCAGGGGGACAAAGUCGGCUCCGCCUCCACGUCGGCGGCCGCAGCAGCAGCCGCCUCCUCGGGAGAUAAUAUCUGUGCCAAUGCCCGUCGCCGGGCCACCGAAUGCUGGGCCACCAAGCUGCAGAACAAGCGUCCGCGUUACAAUGAUCCCGGCACCCCGGGCGCUGCUCCCUCAUCGUCCUCAGCCGCCGCCUCAUCAGCCUCCGCCUCAGCCUCGUCCAAUGUGUUCUCACCCUCGUUGGGUUCUCAGGCGUCAUUCCUGCGUAAUCCUCUCAAGACGGCCGCCUUGGCCAAUGCUCGUAUGCGCGGCGCCAAGGUGCCAACGAGCAUGGUGCUCAAGCCGGGGACACGGAUUGGACCCACCAGUGGCUUCCUGCACCAGCAGCACCUGCAACAUCAGCAGCAGCAGCAGCAGCAGCAAAAGAUGCGCCAGACCAGCUUCUCGCCCAGCGAUUUCCAGGUGGACGACUUGAUCGAGGAGGAGGAGAGCAACGAGAUGGACCUGCAGUAUUGAGCUAGCGCUGGCCAUGCCAAAACAUUUAUAACUUAAAUUAGAGAUCGAUGAAACACGUUGAAACAAACAACAUGCCACAAAAACAAAAACUAAACGAAUCGAAACACAUACAAAGCCCAGAAAGCUUUUCCUCUGAAUUCGUUGGUUCGUUUGUUAAAGCCAUUUUUCAUCACACAUUUGUUUGUGUUUGUCGCAUUUAAACGAACUCGAGGAAAUACAAGACGCUGGACCGAAAACAAAAAAUGAGAUAGAAGAUCAAUCAAAUAACAUUAAUCCAAAGCAAAACAAAAAUUCCCCAGCCAGCAACACCAACAAAAAUAGCAGCAACAACAAAACCAAGAGCCAAAUAUUUAACUUAUAAGAUUUACGUUUAAACUUUGUAACUUAAGCGAGCACACAGAAACAAAAAAACAGAGAUAGCAUAUAGAUUAUUUCGACUCCCCAUAUAUCCCAGAAACCUCAAAAACAUCCAUAUGGUAAACACAGAGCUUACCACAACGUAAUUUUAAGUAUAGACUUAAAACCGACAGCAAAAUACGCGUUUUGAAUACGUAUGCCAGCGAGCGUUUUACGUAUAUAACAAAUCUGUGGAUUGCGUUAAGUUAAUUUUUUUUUUUUUUGGUUUAUAUAGAUUAUUUAUGUGAGCAAGACCACCGCCAAACAAAUACUGUAAACUUAAAUGGAUCGCAUAAUAAUGGAUCACACAUACGACUUAUCACAAGCAAGCAGUGCGAGACGAGCAAGCAGUUAGCAGUAAUGCAGUUUGGACGCACGAUUAUAUUUUUGUUUGAACUCAAAUUCAGACCAAGUUCUUCCGAAGCAAACCAAAAUUCUCAAGCAAAACACGAAGAAGAGACCAGAGAAAAAUCUAGGCUAAUUACACUAAUUACUGAUAAACAACUAAUUAACUUCAUGUAUCUUCAUCCAUUUUUUUGUUUUCGCUCUAAGUUUUAUAUGCUAUAAGCGCUUCGUGUGAAGCAAAACCAACAAAACAAAACCACAUUUAAAUACGAUUAUAAUUAUAUUAUAAUACACAAACCAAUUUCUGGUCACUUCUAAACCAAUUAUAACAAACUAAAACUACA